AUGACUUCCUCCUUCUCAGUUGAUAACCCAGCCAAUUACUUCUCUGUAGAUAAUCCAAUGACUUCCUCCUUCUCAGUUGAUAACCCAGCCAAUUACUUCUCUGUAGAUAAUCCAAUGACUUCAUCCUCAGUUGAUAACCCAGCCAAUACUUUCUCUGUAGAUAAUCCAAUGACUUCCUUCUUCUCAGUUGAUAACCCAGCCAAUUACUUCUCUGUAGAUAAUCUAAUGACUUCAUCCUCAGUUGAUAAUCCAGCCGAUUACCUCUCCGUAGAUAAUCUAAUGACUUCAUCCUCAGUUGAUAACCCAGCCAAUACUUUCUCUGUAGAUAAUCCAAUGACUUCCUCCUUCUCAGUUGAUAACCCAGCCAAUUACUUCUCUGUAGAUAAUCCAAUGACUUCAUCCUCAGUUGAUAACCCAGCCAAUACUUUCUCUAUAGAUAAUCAAAUGACUUCAUCCUCAGUUGAUAACCCAGCCAAUACUUUCUCUGUAGAUAAUCAAAUGACUUCAUCCUCAGUUGAUAACCCAGCCAAUACUUUCUCUGUAGAUAAUCAAAUGACUUCAUCCUCAGUUGAUAACCCAGCCAAUACUUUCUCUGUAGAUAAUCAAAUGACUUCAUCCUCAGUUGAUAAUCCAGCCAAUACUUUCUCUGUAGAUAAUCCAAUGACUUCAUCCUCAGUUGAUAACCCAGCCAAUAUUUUCUCUGUAGAUAAUCCAAUGACUUCAUCCUCAGUUGACAAUCCACCCGAUUACCUCUCUGUAGAUAAUCCAAUGACUUCAUCCUCAGUUGAUAACCCAGCCAAUACUUUCUCUGUAGAUAAUCCAAUGACUUCAUCCUCUGUUGAUAAUCCAGCCGAUUACCUCUCCGUAGAUAAUCCAAUGACUUCAUCCUCAGUUGAUAAUCCAGCCGAUUAUCUCUCCGUAGAUAAUCCAAUGACUUCAUCCUCAGUUGAUAAUCCAGCCGAUUACCUCUCCGUAGAUAAUCCAAUGACUUCAUCCUUCUCAGUUGAUAACCCAGCCAAUACUUUCUUCGUAGAUAAUCCAAUGACUUCAUCCUCAGUUGAUAACCCAGCCGAAUACCUCUCCGUAGAUAAUCCAAUGACUUCAUCUUCAGUUGAUAAUCCAGCCGAUUACUUCUCCGUAGAUAAUCCAAUGACUUCAUCCUCAGUUGAUAAUCCACCCGAUUACCUCUCCGUAGAUAAUCCAAUGAUUUCAUCCUCAGUUGAUAAUCCAGCCGAUUAUCUCUCUGUAGAUAAUCCAAUGACUUCAUCCUCAGUUGAUAAUCCACCCGAUUACCUCUCCGUAGAUAAUCCAAUGACUUCAUUCUCAGUUGAUAAUCCACCCGAUUACCUCUUCGUAGAUAAUCCAAUGACUUCAUCCUCAGUUGAUAAUCCACCCGAUUACCUCUCCGUAGAUAAUCCAAAGACUUCAUCUUCAGUUGAUAAUCCAGCCGAUUCCGUCUCCUCCUUCAUAUCACUGGUGGCUAUGAUAGUAACAAGGCAGUGUGGUUGA